AAUUUUCAUGGCGGCGAGGUCACCGGGCUUUGUAUAAUAAGACGAUUCCUAAUUUGACGAAGAACAAGAAGAAGAAGAGAUUAGCCAUGGAGGAUGAAUUGGAAGGUCUAAGAGCUCAUUUUCCUCUUUCGUUCGGUAAGACAUCGAAUGUUUCGGCGCCAACCGAAGCUAUCCACAACGCAACUCGCCGCACCGAUGUAGCCACCACCGAAGCCGAAGUCUCGUCUGAUUUUGCCACGAAGAAUUCUAAUUCCGGUAAAUCCGAAUCCGGAUUCCCUUCUUUGUCUUCUUCCUCUGAAACCUGGCUCCGAAGUGUCCCCGGUCCGAAUCGUAACCCUAAUAGCUCCAGUCUAGCUCCUUCCGAUGAUGAUCUAGCCAUGGGUCCGCCACCUCCUCCGUCUAAACCGACGCAAGAGGAGGAUGACGGAGUUUUAAUGGGACCACCGCCGCCACCAAAGGGACUCGUGAACAGUAAUGAUUCUGAUGAUGAAGAUGAUAUGAUCGGUCCUCCGCCGCCGCCUCCGGCUGCAGUAGACUCGGAUGAAGAUUCAGAUGGCGAUGAUGCUGAUGACAACGAGCAGAAUCGUUACCAGAUUCCACUGAGCAAGGAGAUUCAACUCAAGGGACACACAAAGAUAGUUUCGUCUCUAGCUGUCGAUAGUGCUGGAGCUAGAGUUCUUUCCGGAAGCUAUGACUACACUGUGCGCAUGUACGAUUUCCAAGGGAUGAAUAAAAGACUUGAGUCUUUUAGGCAGAUCGAACCAUCUGAGGGUCACCAAGUUCGUAGCUUGAGCUGGAGUCCCACUUCUGGUCAAUUUCUAUGUGUUACUGGUUCAGCACAAGCUAAGAUUUAUGAUCGAGAUGGACUUACUCUUGGUGAGUUCAUAAAGGGUGAUAUGUAUAUUCGUGAUCUGAAGAACACUAAGGGACAUAUUUGUGGGUUGACUUGCGGGGAAUGGCAUCCUUGGAUUAAGGAAACGGUUCUGACUUCGUCGGAAGACGGGUCUUUGCGUAUAUGGGAUGUUAAUAACUUCCUAAGCCAAACGCAGGUUAUUAAGCCGAAGCUUGCUAGACCAGGGAGGAUUCCAGUUACUACCUGUGCUUGGGACCGUGAUGGAAAGCGUAUCGCCGGUGGCGUAGGAGAUGGAUCUAUACAGAUUUGGAGUAAACCGGGAUGGGGAAGCCGGCCUAAUAUAUACGUAGGGAAUGCCCACACUGAUGAUAUAACCUCUGUAAAGUUCUCUAGUGAUGGGAGAAUCCUGUUGUCAAGGAGUUUUGAUGGUUCUCUAAAGGUUUGGGACUUGCGGCAGAUGAAAGAAGCUCUCAAAGCUUUCGAGGGUCUCCCUAAUAAUUACCCCCAAACCAAUGUGGCCUUUAGUCCAGACGAACAAAUCAUUCUGACUGGAACAUCCGUUGAGAAAGAUAGCUCAAUAGGAGGCUUGCUCUGCUUUUACGAUCGCACCAAACUGGAGAUUGUUCAGAAAGUCGGAAUCUCUCCAACUUGCAGUGUGGUGCAAUGUGCUUGGCACCCAAAGUUGAAUCAGAUAUUUGCAACAUCUGGAGACAAAAGCCAAGGAGGAACUCACAUUCUUUACGAUCCAACCCAGAGCAAGAGAGGCGCAUGCGUCUGUGUUGCACGUGCACCAAGGAAGAAAUCUGUAGACGAUUACCAACCAGAACCAGUAAUACACAAUCCUCAUGCAUUACCAUUGUUCAGAGACGCACCAAGCCGUAAACGAGAAAGAGAGAAAGCAUUGAAGGAUCCUCUUAAAUCCCACAAGCCUGAGGUUCCCAUGUCAGGUCCUGGUCAUGGUGGAAGAGUUGGGACUACUGGUAGUAGCUUGUUAACACAGUAUCUUAUGAAGCAAGGUGGGAUGAUCAAAGAGACGUGGAUGGAGGAAGAUCCAAGAGAAGCGAUAUUGAAAUACGCAGAGGUUGCUGUAAAAGAUCCUAAGUUUAUUGCUCCUGCUUACUCUCAGACUCAGCCUAAGACCAUCUUCGCUAAAUCUGAUGACGAGGAAGAAGAAAAAGAAGGUGACACGAAAAAAUAAUCAGUGUUUCCAUAUAGUACUUCACUUUCUCAACGACCAUUUCCAUGGAUACUGUAUAAUGAUCACAAAUCAUGGCACUGUAGGAUAACAGAAAAAAAAAACAUACUUAUUCCGGAUUUGCAUUUUUGCAUUCCUCCAUUGUUAGCGCUACAUUUUGCAGAAAAAAAUUGUGGGACAGCGUUUUGGUAUCGCAUCAAUUUCCCUAGGUUGAAGUAUUGUUUUGUUCAUAGA